CGCCGAGAGAAGCAGGGAGCCGGGCAGCCCGCGGCUUACGGAGGUGUCCCCGGAGCUGAAGGAUCGCAAAGAGGAUGCAAAGGGGAUGGAGGACGAAGGCCAGACCAAAAUCAAGCAGAGGCGAAGUCGGACCAAUUUCACCCUGGAACAACUCAACGAGCUGGAGAGGCUUUUUGACGAGACCCACUAUCCGGAUGCCUUCAUGCGCGAGGAGCUGAGCCAGCGGCUGGGGUUGUCGGAGGCUCGAGUACAGGUUUGGUUUCAGAAUCGAAGAGCGAAAUGUCGAAAACAAGAAAAUCAACUUCAUAAAGGUGUCCUCAUAGGAGCUGCCAGUCAGUUUGAAGCUUGUAGAGUUGCACCCUAUGUCAACGUAGGUGCUUUAAGGAUGCCAUUUCAGCAGGUUCAGGCGCAGCUGCAGCUGGACAGCGCCGUGGCGCACGCGCACCACCACCUGCACCCGCACCUGGCCGCGCACGCGCCCUACAUGAUGUUCCCGGCGCCGCCCUUCGGACUGCCGCUUGCCACGCUGGCCGCGGACUCGGCCUCGGCAGCCUCAGUAGUGGCGGCUGCCGCCGCCGCCAAGACCACCAGCAAGAACUCCAGCAUUGCGGAUCUUAGACUGAAAGCCAAAAAGCACGCGGCCGCCUUGGGUCUGUGACGCCAACGCCAGCGUCAGUGCCAACGUUGCGCCCUCCGCGCGGCGCUCAGCCUGCACGCCCUCGCGCCCCGCUGCUUCUCCGUUGCACCUCCGGACUCGGACUCGGAGCCGGCCCUCUUUCCACCCCUCUGACAGCCCCUUGUCCCUUCUGCAGCCCGAACUCAGAGGGCCGGACUCUGCGCGGGACUGGGAUCCCACGAAGCGCACCAGGUCCGUGACUUCUGCCCAUUCUCCGACCCAAGGGCCUAAAAUUCGGCUUUGUAGGAGCGGGUUUGGGGAAGUCUGGAGAGACACUGGACGAGGGAGUGCUGGGACAGCGGAGUGUGGCUCACAGCAAAGCCGCAAUGAUGGACUCUUGCAUAGAAACGAUUAAAAAAGAAAAGAAAAGAAAAAAGAAUAGAAAAGACUAGAGGGAAAAAGAGAAGGGAACUUAUUUCUCAUUGCUAUUUGGCAGAAGCUGAAAUCGGAGAGAGAACCAAGGAGCAAAACAAAUUUUAAACAUGAAAGUAUUUUAUACAUUUAAAAAUGGAAAAAUAACCUGGACGAAUCUCGAGAGAAUGGGGAAGAGUUACCAAGUUAAAUGUCUUUUUUUUUUAAAUGGGCUAGCUAAGAAGGCAAAACACAAGAAAGAGGUAUACUUAUUUAAAGAAUUAAGAUGAAAAAGUGCGCAGCUGGGAAGUUCACAGGUUUUGAAACUGACCUUUUUCUGCGAAGUUCACUUUAAUACGAAAAAUUUGAUAAGAGAGGCGGGCCUCCUUUUACGUUGAAUCAGAUGCUUUGAGUUAAAACCCACCAUGUAUGGAAGAGCAAGAAGAGGGAAGACAGUCUAAAAAAUGAGGAGAGAAAAAAGUGAUAUUGAUACAGAAAAUGAUGCCACAGACAAUGAUUUCCCUGAGAAAUGACUCUGGCAGAACUGUCCGGACUGCUGACAGUUAAUUCCGGUUUGCAUGUUACUUGUAUUUCCAUUGAUGGUGUCUCCCCCCUCAUCCCUUUACUCACAUGCACUCACUCCACUUCCAUCAUCAGGAUGAAAAACAAUACCCAAAGCAUCUGAAAAUUGAUAUGUAUUCAUAUAUGUUUUUUUGUCCCGUCUUUGAUCCUGGGGGACAAAAGACAAAAAGUUGAAAGAAGACAUUUACAUUCUGAUUGUCCCGAGAAGACAGACAGGCAGAAAAUGUGAGG